AUGUUUCGCCUCGUGCUCGUCAUCGGUUGUUGGACGAUAUUAAAGGCGCAUGCCAAUGCGUUCGAGCCUUUAAACAUCGCCAUCAUCAACGGCUAUGGUCCGUUGAAGAAUGAGAUUCAGUCGGCUCUUCAAGACUCUAUCAAAUGGUUCAAAAAGGCGAUAUUCGUGUCGAGAGCCAAGCAAAAGCUCAACGCUUCACGCGUUCUAGAAGCUUCCAGUCAGCAAUUCUCAUGGGUCUACGUUCAGACAACGGAAAUUGGGCAAAAUUAUCAUAUAAGGGAUUCGAUAUUUGAGAAUAUCGUCAAAUCCUCAAAUUUCAUCAUUGUUGUUGAGCAAUCCUUGGAGAAAUGCCGAAACGAUCCGUCGUUGUUGGCGCUGGCGCAGCCAUUUGCGAUCGAUCGUGAGCGGCCAAAAAUUGGCAAAAUGCAAAUUUGCGCCAAAAAUGGGCAACGAUUUCCGAAUUUUUUCGAUCUAUUCCGACACGAGCUUCUACAUGCGCUUGGGUUUGGAACAUAUUGGCCUGAUCGGGAGAACAGCAGAAGCGGCGAAAAUGAGGUGUACACGUGGCGAACACCCUACGGACCAUUGAAGGCGAAUAGGACCUAUAUGGAUUUUGCGUCAGGGACUGCUUUGGCAGAAGCUAGAAAGCACUUUAAUUGUGAAACACUGAUUGGAAUUGAGGCGGAUGGUCCGAAGAAGCAUCACUUGAAUGAGUACAUAUUUGGAAAUGAGCUGAUGACGCCAAUUUUAGAAAGUGGUCCCAAUUUUUUCAGUGAAAUAUCUGCUGGCAUUCUCGAGGAGACGUUUUUAGGCAAUCAGCGAUGGUAUUUGGUGAAUAGGCAAUUUCUGAAACAAGAAAUGAGCAAUUAUUGGUAUGGAAAAGGGUUCGGCUGCGAGUUUUUGACAAAAAGCUGCUACGAGUUUGUGGAAUCUGCAAGAUCCUUUCUUCACACAUUCCCAAUAUGUUCUCAAAACAAUAAAAAAUUUUGCGUUGUCGAAGGAAUUACCCGAAGAAGGUUAUCACUGAGCCACUCGUCCUGCCGAACCGUCAUUGAUCCGAAUAUCGAUAAUAUCAGAGCUGAUAACGGUGUUAUGGCACCUCCGAAUUAUAUGUUCUCAGAUCGCGACCAUCGAUUUUGCCCAUUCGACGAGAUGAUUCUGCUUAACGCUUCGCUACUUCUUCUACUAAUCGGAUUCGCCGAUGCGCAAGAGCAGCACGCCGAUCCAAUUGUCAUUCAGCACGAGAGGAAUAUUCCAGUCCACAAAACGCCUCCGUAUAUUUCGAGAAAGCUUCAAGACGGCGACGAGCUUCUAUUAUCGCAAGUGGUGUGGCGUCACGGCGAUCGCGCGCCAGUGGGAACCUAUCCAACUGACCCCUAUAAGGAAGAAGCUUGGCAUAAUGGAUGGGGAGAGUUGACGCAACUCGGCAUGUGGCAACAAUACGCUCUAGGUCGUCUACUAUACAAAAAAUAUAUCAAUUCCUCAAGACCAUUAUUAAGCCGCCAAUAUUAUCCAAAAGAGGUCUAUAUUAGAAGUACAGAUGUGAAUCGAACUCUGGUUUCAGCGCUUUCAAACCUGGCUGGAAUGUUCGAGAAUGGAGAGGCGGGAAGCGAUUAUCCCGACAAAACGGCAUGGCCACGUGGUUGGACGCCGAUACCUGUUCACACCGUCGCCGAAAACGAUGACCCGAUCGGAAAUGUUUUUGCGCCGUGCCCGCGCGCUGACGAGCUCGUCAACGAGAUCUACGACGCGUCGACAUAUCAGCGAUUCGUUGCCGAGAAUCAAGAGUUUCUGGAUUUUUUGAGCGACAAGACUGGCAAAAAAGUCGUCAUGCCCGAAGUCUAUCUGAUCAAUGAUGUUCAUUAUAUUGAGACCCUAUAUAAUAUGAGCCAGCCGGAAUGGAUAACUGAAGAGGUCACUGAGAAGUUGAGGAAUCUAUCACAAAUUGGAACUCGAUUUCUGUUCGGAAUCGCCGAUCCUUAUAAGCCGGAGCUCAUCCGACUUCGUGGAGGACCCCUAUUGCGCACAAUCAUUGAUAAAAUGAAUCAGAAAUUGAGCUGUUUGAAUAGCUCGACGCCCGAAUGCGCAUGGAUGUCGAAAUUGAAGUAUCACGCGUACUCGGCGCACGACACAACGGUUUACGCGUUCCUGACGACAUUUGGUGAUGAGGAGAGAGUCAUUGAAGGUGGAAUGCCACAUUAUACCGCGUCGGUUGCCGUGGAGCUGUGGAAUCUGAAGAAUUCUGGUCCCGCUGUUAGGGUGCUUUUCCAUAGCGCAUUCCAUCAUACGUAUCAUGUCAUCACUCAUUUGGCGAAGGGAUGCCCGCAUAAUAGCGAAUUCUGCGCGUUGAAGGUAUUUGAGAAGCGUAGUGUUCAAUUUUUGCCGAAAAAUUUGGCGAAGGAAUGCGAAUCAAAGCGCGAAAAAUGGAUUAAUCGAUCGGAAUAUUGGAUGAAGAAGCGAAAAAAUGAUUAUUGA